AUGCGAAGUGGCCAAUCAGAACCCGUCUGGUGCUGGUGGGGAUACCGGUUCUGGAAAACCACCGAUCGUUUCGGGGCGCCUCAUUUCUCUUUUUUUGCGCCAUUACAAAUGCUGGUCAGUUCGCCAGCCUUUCCAGAUUGA